AGGCCCAUGCAGCCAUGCAAAUCAACAAGUUCUUAAGCUUCAUCUUCUAUAAAUACCAAACUCCAAUUACACAUUUAUCACCACCAAUUCUAUCGAUCUCUCUUCUUUUAUAUCACCAUGGCUAAGCCUAUUCUGCUUUCUCUCUGCCUUCUUGCUAUCUUUAGCGGAUCACUAGCUAGCCGUUCAUUUCAGAUGCAAAAUGAGUGCCAACUCAAUAGGAUCAAUGCUCUCGAAGCCGAUGAUCACAUUCAGUGCGAAGCUGGAACCAUCGAGUCAUGGAAUCCCAACCGCGACCAGUUCCAAUGCGCCGGUGUUGCUGUCAGCAGGGAGACCAUUGAACCCAAUGGUCUUUUGUUGCCUGCCUACCAUAAUGCUCCACAGCUUGUCUAUAUUGUCCAAGGCAGUGGUAUGAUUGGAGUGAUGAUGCCUGGAUGCGCUGAAACAUUCCAAGAAUCUCAGCAAUCUGCUGGAAGCGGCGGUUGGCAACAAGAGCAGCACCAGAAGAUUCGUCGUUACCGUCAAGGUGAUAUCAUUGCUUUGCCUGCCGGAGUUGCUCACUGGUGUUAUAAUGAUGGCAACGAACGCGUUAUCGCUGUGAGCGUUUACGACACCGCCAACAAUGCCAACCAGCUCGACAACAACCCCAGAGGCUUCUAUCUAGCUGGUAACCCAGAAGAUGAGUUCAGGCAACAAUCCGGACGGCAAGGUGAGCGUGGCCGUAUGGAGUCCUCCCCACGCGGCAGCCGUAGCCAGAGAGGCCAGGGUUCUUGCAACAAUAUGUUCUGCGGAAUGGACACGAGACUCAUUGCCGAAGCAUUCAAUAUUGACGAACAGUUAGCAAGAAAGCUUCAGAGCCAAAAUGAUUUCAGGGGCAACAUUGUCAGAGUCGAAGGUAGGAUGCAGGUAGUCAGACCACCAAGAACCCAACAAGAAAUGGAGGAGCAACGAGAGCAUGAAUCUGAAGGAAGCCGUCGUUUCAAUGGUGUCGAAGAGACUUUCUGCACCAUGAGGAUGAAGGAAAACAUUGGUGAUUCUUCACGUGCAGACAUUUUUGUCCCUGAAGUUGGUCGUAUGAGCACCGUUAACAGCCAUAACCUCCCUAUUCUCCGGUCGCUCCAGCUCAGUGCUUCCCACGUUGUUCUCCGUAAUAAUGCUGUUAGAUUACCCCACUGGCACAUGAAUGCCCACAGCUUACUAUACGCAAUUAGAGGACAAGCAAGGAUUCAGAUAGUUGAUGAAAAUGGCCGCAGUGUGUUCGAUGGCAGUAUGAGCCAAGGACAAGUACUGACUGUACCGCAGAAUUUCGUGGUGGUUAAAAGGGCGGAGAGUGACAGAUUCGAAUACGUCGCCUUCAAGACCAACGCCAACGCCAUGACCUCCGAUGUUGCUGGCCGAACUUCAUCUGUUCGAGGCAUGCCUGUGGAGGUGCUAGCCAACGCAUUCAGGGUUUCAAUUGAGGAAGCCAUGAGGAUUAAGUUUAACAGGCAGGAGACCACUUUCGGUCGGUCAGAACGUCGGUCUGAAAGAAGGGCAGUUGCUUAAGUAAUAAAUUUGUAGUAUAGGAGUUGAAUAAAAGAAAAGGACUCUUUUCAAUGUGUAGAAAUUGAAUAAAAGAAACCAAAUAGAUAUCUUGUUUUAUGUAUAAUGCAAGUUGACAGAGUUUCUACUUGUAAAUUAAUAAAA